CAGUUUAUCGUACAUUCGUACCCCUUUUUCUAAAAUGUAUUGAAUUUCGACAUACAGCGUAUAAAAGUUAAAUAACCUUAUACAUACUACAAUACAACAUAAUACAUUUAAUCUAUUUUGUGUUACUGUCUAGAUUUUUACAUUGUGCAUUAUAACUAGAUUAUACAGUAAUAGAUAACUUUUUAAAUUAUAAUUAAAAAAUAUUAAUCAAACAAGAGAUUAUAAUUUAUAAUAACAUUAAUAUAUAGAAACAUUUAUUUAUAUUUAAUAUUACAUGAAUCUAGUCAUAUCCUAUCUAUAACAUUUUGAUGAUAACCAAGAAUAUUGUUGAUCGUUCCCGAAAUAAAACAACAAAUCCCCGAGUUCCUGAUUGUCGUGCCUAGACCUACAAUAAUAAUAGCGUAAUCCUACCUAAAUACGCUACGACACCUUACAAUAGAUAACAGUAAAUUUGUCUCAUAUAAUAAAAAUAAAGUUAAGUAUUAUCUAAAUGAUGGCGAGAAAACGACGUAGCACAACUGAAAUAAAUACAGCUGAAAAUGCUUCAGUUCCAAAACGUCGUUAUACUAGUGCACAAAGAACUCAUCUUGAUGAAAUGAUGGUUUUUAAUCAUAAAAAAUGUCUUUCGUGGUAUCAUAAAUAUACAAACGAUGUAGGCGAACUAGGACCUGAAGGCAUGGAAAAAUUUUGUAUGGAUAUUGGGGUUGAACCAGAAGAUUUAGUUAUGCUUGUUUUGGCUUGGAAAAUGAAUGCUAAAUCAAUGGGAUAUUUUUCUAGUGCUGAAUGGUUAAAGGGUCUUACAGAAUUACAGUGUGAUUCAGUUAAAAAACUUCAAAGUAAAUUGGAAUCUUUAAGGUUGUGUUUUAAUGAUCCAUUAGCUUUCAAAAGUAUUUAUAGAUAUGCAUAUGAUUUUGCAAGAGAUAAAGAUCAACGAAGUAUGGAUAUAGAAACUGCAAAAUUAAUGUUAAAUUUAUUACUUGGGAAACAAUGGAAACUUUACCCAUUAUUUGCUAAAUUUAUAGAUCAAUCCAAGUAUAGAGUUAUUAAUAAAGAUCAAUGGUGCAAUAUAUUAGAAUUUUCACGAUCUAUCACUACAGAUUUGGCAAAUUAUGACAUAGAUGGAGCUUGGCCUGUUAUGUUAGAUGAGUUUGUGGACUGGUUAAAGAACAGUAACAGCUGAAAUUAAGAAGUCGAUUAUUGCUGACCAGGAUUAGUUACUGGAUUAAUAUAAGUUAAAUACAAUUAAAUAAAACUCAAUCGAUCUCUUGUUUGCUUUUUCAAUUUCCAUACAAAUAAAUUCAUUUUUAAUUUCUAUUAAUAUUUCAAAAGUACAGUACAUAAUACAAAUCACUUUUUUGCAAGUCUUCUAUUAAAAAUAUUUUUUAUAUAUAUUUAUAUAGUAUAUUAAUAUGAAUUAUAAUAAAAUCAUUCACCCAGA